CAGAGAGACACACACAGGCCAGCACCAGGCUGCUCAAUAUGGACUAUGAGCUCAAGCGAGUCAAGAAGGGCUUUGUGUCACCAAUAAAGCGUGUGUUCUCUAAAUCCAGUCGGCGACAGACAGACAAAGGCAGUUUGUAUCGUAGACCUCUGCACACUGUCCCUCUCUACCCACCUGACUACCUUAUCCAUCCGGAGAGACUCAUCUAUGACUACGUGGAGAAGGAAGUCAAGUUCCUGGGACACCUGACAUGGGUGUCAUGUUCUUUAAACCCAUCUAGCAGAGAUGAGCUGCUGCAGCUUCUGGACACAGCCAGGAAGCUGAGAGUUUUGCCUAUGAAGACCAGUGUAGAGCAGGACUGCAUUCUCAGUCUGUCUGCCCGCUGCCUGCUGCUUACCUGGAGGGACAAUGAAAAACUGCUGUUGAGAAUCCCCACACAUGAGAUCGCUGCUGCCUCUUACCUGCGGGAUGAUGCACUGCACCUUGUAGUGCUCAAAACUGGUCUUAAUGUGGACACUGUGCUAGCAGGUGACAGCCUAGAAAAUAGACCUACCGGUCUUGAGAGCCGCAGACAAACUAUAAGCAAUACUGAUCCCAGACCUGCAGGAGGCACUAUGGAGCGCCGGCACACCAUCUGUGGUGUAGACUGGAAGCUAUCCUCUCGCAAUGAGCCCAAACAGGGCAGUGUGGGAGGAGGAGGUGGAACUGGAGGAAGCAGUGGGGACGGCGGGAGCCUGGAGAAGAAACGUGUGAGCGGGAGCUGGGAGCGCAGGCAGACUCGGAAGCCUUGUGGAGGGAGCUGGGAGAAACGGCCGAUUAGUGGGAGCUGGGACAGGCGGCCUGUAGGCGGGAGCUGGGAGCGGCGUGGAGGUGGAGUGGUUGUAGGAGGGAGCUGGGAGAAGAGGCAUUGGCCCGGAGCUAAACCGGGUGGCAGCUGGGAGAAGAGACACACUCCGGGCGGAAGCUGGGAACGCAGGCAGGCUUGCACAGGGAGCUGGGAGAGGGGGAGGUCAUACGGGAGCUGGGAGAGGAGGAACCAUAACCCAUUAGAACCCAUGCCAUGCCCUGAUGCUUAUUGCAACCUGAUUAUACUGGCUGUGGAGAACAGGGACGCUGCAGAGGAAUACUGCGCCCUCAUUUGUCAAAUGUUUCAGAUCAUCUAUGGACAUCAGACCAUCGAGUGCGUCGACAGGGCGGGAUACCAUUACACCAUGCCUGACCGCUAUUGGCUGCAAAGGAAUGACAGCUGUCUCACUGAUAUGACAUAUGGCUAUGACACAGACUUCAGCUGCUGUAGUUCAUAUGAUGGUUCUCAGGAGGCAUUUGAGGCGUAUUACAGUGAGAACUACAGUGAGAACUCAUCCCUCUCCUGUCAUGACUCUCAUAGAAGCCUGGCCUCCACACACAGCGACCCGGAGCCGUCUAAUGCCAGCCUGCAGGAAUACAUGAUCAUAUUGAGGAGUAAGCUGACGCCUCAGGAGAUUCAGCAGUUUGCUCUGUUCCUGAGAGAAUACAGACUGGGCGCUUCCAUAGAGCAGUUCUGCACUGACCUGCUGGAGCUCUAUGGAGACUCACGCAAGUUUCUACUGCUUGGCAUGAGACCCUUUAUUCCUGAUAAGGAUGUGGGAGUCUUUGAGACUUUCCUGGAGGACAUUGGGAUCCGAGAGGGCGGGAUCUUGACGGAUAGUUUUGGCCGAAUCAAGCGGAGCAUGAGCAACACAUCUGCCACAGCGGUCCGAGGCUAUGAUGGCUGGUCUCACGACUUCAAUCGCAGAAUCGAUGACAUCACACAUGACAUUGAGGCCUUGGGCUUCGAGGAAGGAAAUGGUGACAUAGAAGAAGAGGACUAUUACCUUUGAAAUAACACCAAAAUUAUCUCUCCUGUUUUUCAUAGUUUUAAUGUAAAACUACUGUAUACCUGAUGCACUGGACUGGAGAAUAUUUGAAAACAGGUUUUAUCUCUCUUAUGUACUUCUAACUUUGGUGUAAUAUAUUACUGUAUCUCUAUUAUGUAUUUUUAUAAAAGUUGAACAUUUAUACGUGCAUGCAAUUUAUCUGACCACAGAGGUGCUGUUUAUUAUAUUUGCAUCCAUUUUGCAUCUUUAUCUGAAUAUCAUUUGCAUGCAGGGUUGGUUAUUUCAUGUUUCUCGUGAAUGAAUUUAGAGCACCAUCACAGUGAGGGAGAUCCAUAAAGAGAGUUCGUAAUAUUUGAAGAAAGGUCACCAAGAUAUAAAAACCAAAAAGAGGGUUUGGGUAAAAGAAGUAAGGAUUUUCACACCCAUUACACAAUAAUCUUCUGUGUACUGCUUGUGCUCCGGUCUGCAGGGAGAAUAGCUCAUGAAAAACUCAGUCAUGGCAUUCUUUCCAGAGGCACUGUCACCUUGCCACAAUGCAGUGCCCUUCCCCUCCCUGCCCUCUUAUCUGUGCCAGUUGGUGGGCUCUAUGGCGGUUAUUGAGGGUUAUCAAAAUGGCACAGGCACAUGUCAGGCUAUGUAAUAAGACAGUUAUGUAAUAAGACUGGGCAGGAUCACAGAGAAGAACAGGGUGAAAUAAAGUGAUAAACCUA